AUGGGCGCGCGGGGAGACGGCGUCAAGAAAGACCCGGCGGCUGCGGCGGCGGCGCCUGCCUUUGAGGCCGUCGAUGGCGAUCUCUCCGGAGCGUGGCCCGUUGGACAGGCCGGCGUUGACUUCGGUGGACAAGGCUCCGUGAGGCCUGGCGACGGGGAUCUCCGCCCUCAAAACCUCUUUGGACUGGGCGCCGGUGUGAGGGGCUUCGCUUCACCCGGCUUGGGGGGAGCACGACGUUCCACGGUGCUCGGUGGCGGGGAUCUCCGGCCGCAAGACCUCUCCUUCGACGCCCCGGCCCCGCCCGGCGGUGGCCUUGAUAAUGCCUUCGACGUCCCAGUGCCAGGGCUCGGCCGCGGCGCCGGCGGAGGCCUCGGAUCUCCUGACGGCCGGCUCACGCGUCCACUACUGGGCGCCCAACACGUCGGCGGUGCCGGCCCGGCGCCGGCCGGCCGCCGUGGUUAUCCCCACGGGCCGGAGCGAGACCCACUCGGCGCCAUCGCACGAGAGAUGCAGGUGCCCGGGGACUCCCGGAGCGCCGCCGGCGGCGACCGCGGUGGGAUGACGCGUCACCUCGCCCUCCUAUUCUUGCUGCUGGGCGCGGUGACGCUCGCCGGCGAGCCCAACGCGCCGUGGCUCAGCCAGCUCGGGGCCCUACUGGCCUGGCUCGCCGGGUGCAUCCUGCUCUUCCUGUCACUGCUCGCCGGCCGCGCGAGGUCCGGCUCGCUCCUACCCGCAGUUCUCCGCCCUCCUACCUGUCAAGAGUUCGACAGCGAUGGCGAUCAGUCCUGCACAGUUCCGUAG